CUGUCGCGGUAGCCAGACGGACCAAAGGGGCGCGAAGGGGGCUGCAGUCAGAGGAGAGUGCAUCUGGUCUUUACCCUAUCCAGAAACUAAACACGUUUUACGCGCAUCGAUCAGCAGAGCCAAGUCUCUUUUUUCACUUUGUUUCUACUCUCAAUUUAUUCAUGAAGUAAGUGUUGUCUGAGCUGCGCCGAGCUGCACUCAUAUUUUUCUGCUGCUGCUGUUCCUGCAAAAAAAGAAAAACCACUCAAAAAACAUGAGGUCUGCUUCUGAUUCGUUCUGGAGGAUGAUCAGACUGGCUGCGACAGUGGCGCUUAUGUCAGCAUGCAGGGCGUCAGAGUACGAGUACCUCAGCUGGAGGUCGGACAUGUACACCGGCGGACGCAGCUACGGCAAGCCUCCUCAGUGCGUGGACAUCCCGGACGACCUGCGGCUCUGUCACAACGUGGGCUACAACCAGAUGCUGCUGCCCAACCUGCUGGAGCACGAAACCAUGGCGGAGGUGAAGCAGCAGGCCAGCAGCUGGGUGCCCCUGGUGCACAAGAACUGCCACCCGGGAACGCAGCUCCUCCUCUGCUCGCUCUUUGCGCCGGUGUGCCUGGAUCGGCCCAUCUACCCGUGUCGCUGGCUGUGCGAGGCUGUGCGGGACGGCUGCAUUCCCAUCAUGGAGGCGUUCGGCUUCCCCUGGCCGGAGAUGCUCACCUGCGACAAGUUUCCCCAAGACGAUGUGUGCAUUGCUAUGACGCAGCCCAACUCGACCGAGACCACCAAGCCAACAGGUUUCUCUCCCGUCUGCCCUCCAUGUGACAACGAAAUGAAAACAGACGCCAUGCUCGAGCACAUGUGUGCCAGCGAGUUUGCUUUCAAAACCAAGAUCAAGGAGGUAACGCGAGAAAACAUGGACCGCAAGGUGAUACUGCAGAAGAGGAAAAAGAUGUUGAAAGAUGGCAGCCUGAAGAAGAAGGACAUGAAGACGCUGGUGUUGUACCUCAAGAACGGCGCAGACUGCCCCUGCCAGCAGCUGGACAACCUGGGAAACCAGUAUCUAAUCAUGGGCCGCAAAGUGGAUAAGCAGUACCUUCUCACGGGCAUCCACAAGUGGGAUAAGUCCAGCAAAGAGUUCAAAAAAGCCAUCAAGAAACUUAAAACCUACAAAUGCCCCGCCUUUGAGAAUGUCUUCAAAUAAAAUUACCCCUGCCACCACUUUUGGUCACAUCACAUCCUACAUAUGAACUUGCACAAGUAUUAAAAAUCCCAAACUCUGCUUUCUAUUUUCCUGUUUAUAUAUCUAUCUUUCUAUAUUUACAGAUGUUUGAGAUGUCCAUAAUUAAGUUUUAGUUGAUUGUGGUGUGUGAUGACACCAAAAAAAAGGGUUGGGUUUCUUUUUUAUCUUCCUCUUAAAGAAAAGGACAUCGUAGUAAAAGCCCUUCCUCAAUGAAAAAAAUGUCCCUAUAUGAAGAUAACGUGUUACAUUUUCACUCAACAUGUCAGUAGAUCUUGCUUUAAGGGAUGGUUGAACUUUUUUAAAAUACGCUUUUGCUUUAUUAAUGAGAAAAAAAAAAGGAUUGAUACCACUCUUAAAUCUGUACCAUAAAUCUGAAGCUAGAAUCAGCAGGUUGUUAGCUUAGCCUACCAUAAGGACAAGAAGUAGGGGUAAAUAGCUAACCAGUCUCUGUCCAGUAGUACAAACCCAUAAAUUGUAGUGUUUUUGUACAGAUUUAACAAAUUCAAUAUUGUGUUAAUAAGUGAGCUUUAGAGCUGCUGGUACACACAUUUUUUGGACCGAGCCAGGCUUGCUGUUUCUUUCUGCUUCAAGUCUUAUUGCUAAUAUAGGCUAACCAUCUGCUAGCUCUAGCAUGAAAGUGGUAUUUAUCAUCUCCUCUCAGCAACAAAAAAAUUUCAACAUCUCUGUCAUUGUGAACAUGUAAUAAUAAAUCAUAAAAAAGUUAUUAGUCAACAGAAUUGGCAGUUACAGGUACAAACUGUGGGCUAUAGCAGCUCGACAUAGGGUUCCUGUUGAAAAACGUAUUGACUGCUUGAUAAGAGAGUGUCAAACUAAAGACUGCACUUGUAUUUUUUUAUAAUUUCCUAUUAAUUUCUUAAUUUCAUUGUUACAUUUAUUUUUAUUAUUUGAAAUAUCUUAAGAUAACAACCACCGCUCGGCAUCAUGAAUUAACAAUUAGGUCUUUGAGACAGUUAUCUUAAAUUCUUGUUGCGCACUGUCAAAUGACUUGGCUAAAUAUUUUUUUUCUUUACCACUUCUGUCUCUCUACAUCCAGACUUACUGCAGUAAUCAGUAUUCAUUGGUAAUGGAGAACUCCUUGUAGUCAUACAUGCUUUAAAAGUGCGAAAGUUAUCAAAGUGCAAAUAUUCUUUUUUGUUCUCAUUUCGGUCUGGAUUGUUUUUCUCAACUGUUGUUGGUCUUUUUUUUUUAGCACUACUUUGUUUCAAAUUUGAAUGUCAACAGUGCAUUGCUGCCUAUUACAUGUAGAUACACAUUUUACAUAAAUAUGGAAAAGUGAAUGGUGUCCCAUAUAUUUUUAUAAUCUUUGCUCACAUAUUUGUAUCGACAUGGCAAUGUUGGUUGGUUGGUAGGUCCAACACUUCGACCCAAAUAUUUCACCAACUACAGGAUGAAUUGUCAUGAUAAGUUGGUCCUAGAUGGUGGAUCCUAACGAUGUAAGUGAUCCCAUGACUUAGCAAAAGCAUCAGGCAUAAGUUGUGCAUCACCUUCAAUGAAAAACUGAUGAUUUUUUGGUCAUCCCAUUGCAGCUUUUUCAUGUCAAAUCAAUUAUUGUAGAGGCAAUCUCUUAAAGGCACCUAUAGAAUAAAAGAAAA